AUGGCACGAGCCAUUAGCGAACCUAAGGACCAGCCGACGACUGUGAAGGUUGUAGGCCUAUUCAAGCGGAAACCCGGACUGUCGAUGGAAGAGUUUAAGAACUACUAUGAGAAUCAUCACAUCAAGCUGUUCGACGAACACGUCUCACAUCCUGGUGUCCUGCGAUACGCGCGUCGAUAUUUGGAGCCUUUUGCUGGGCUAGCCUCGCCCUUGGCAGGCCCAAAGACUGGAGGAUAUGAUGUUAUCAUGGAGGUGUGGUAUUCUGACAAGGAUCUGUUUGACUCUUUCAAGGGACAAUCCAAUCCUGACUUCAGCGAGAUUGUGAAAAAAGACGAGGAAAACCUGUUCGAUCGUGAAUCAAUGGUGAUGUUCAUUUCAGAAGACCAUGAAAGCAAAGACGGGCCUUGGGUCAUCUGA